UUGCGGGACUCAUGGAAACGUGAUAAGGCUUUUCAUGACUUUAGAAUUUUCCAACACGUACGUUUUCAUUACGUGCAAGGAAAAUCUUUACAUCAACAAAGAGAUGGCGCAGUAAUCAUCCCGGUUUAAAAACACGAGCAAAUUACUAUUAAUUAACAAUAUUAUUUACUAUCUUGCUUUUUUGAAUUAAGUACUUGGUAAAACAAUUUUACUUCAAUUCUAGUUUACCUAAGAUGGCCGCCAGAGGCCAUUCCGAACGGAUUUGUGCGCAUGCGUAAUAGCGACCCUUACUUUUCAAUGUCCAACAAAUUCAUGAAUGACGAACAACCUAUCGCCAGUAGUAUUAAUGUAAUUUGUAAUUUUAACGUUAAAAAAUGCUAGAAAUAAACGCAUAUAUUAACAAAAACGUACCAAUUAGAUAGUGUUCCGGCAAAAAACAGUGGAAUUGCGUUAUUCUAUGACAAUAAAAUACUAAAUAUUCGGCAAGAUGUCUAGCAGUCCAUUCCCCUACACCUGCGAGUUGUGCGGGGCGGAGGGCCUCACGGACGAGGGCAUGCGCACCCACACCCUCGAGGCCCAUGUGAACGGUAGACCAGAGUGCCCCUUCUGCGACUGUGCGGUCCCACAGCCACAACUAGUGGGACACGUGCAGAAAGCCCAUCUCCACUACUUGACACCGGAGAGAGAGUUGAUGGCUUUCAUUGAUGACCAGAGCCCGAGCUUCGACGAAGACUCCAAAAUGACAACGACGGACAGUUGCAGCUACAACACUCCAGGGUCCAUAAACGGUUGGCACAGUCCCGACAACUCCUCACAGUACCACAACGGGGCGAUAUCCAAGAACAUCAACUAUUACAAUGGGUACCAAGACAAGGAAGGCUAUAGUAGAGGCGAAAAAGAAGAAGAAAAGUGUUCGCGUUCGCCAAAAAACAUAAAUCUUGUGAAUGGGCUGAAAAAUAUUAAUAUUAGUAAUGGUGUAGCUCAUAAAAAAGCUCAAAGCAGACAAAAUUCCCACGAGGGUGAGGUGAAUGGGAUUGAUAAAAAAGGUGCGAAUUCUAGUCCAAGUCAUAAUAGUUCAAGUAGUUAUGAAGGUUCACCAAAUAAAAAUAAGUUGUCUAUGGCAAGUGCCGGGCAAGGAUCUCCUCUUAGAUCUCAAUUAGCUUUAAAAUUAAAACCUAAUACACCAAAGAAAAGUGCUCCAACACCGAGUCCAUCGGUGCAGUGUCUGUUGUGUGAUUUUAAGUCAACAUGUCCGAGGAAAUUGGAGGAACAUAUAAAUAGGGCACAUUUUGAUCUUACCUCGCCUUCUGUGAAUGCUAAUGCUAACUCGGACAAUCCGACCCUGGGUCUGACGAAUCCUACGAUAACCCUGGAUAACCCGACGCUGACGCUGAGCGCGAUGGCCAUGUCCCCGGGGCCCCACAGCUCCUCAUACCAGUGCCCAAUUUGUGAGAGAGAAUUUGCUCAUGCCAACGAAAUAGAAAUCCAUGUGAAUGUAGAACACCGAGAUAUACUGAGUCCACAGAAAGCUGAUCAGGUAGACAAUGCCUCCUGCAAUGAAGAUGUGGUGAUGAUGGAAGAAAGUCCGGUGAGCAACUGUCCUGUCUGCUGUCAACCAUUACCACUGUCACAGCAUGAGCUGAUCCAACACAUUGAGGAACAUUUUGAGCGGGGUGAGGAGUGUGGGGCCACAUCAAGCUUGUCUGCAGCCGAGCGGGAAGCACAGAAGAAUAGAGAAGAACAUGAGUUUCAGAUGUUGAGAGCACAGUACGGCAUGGAGGAGGACGACGAGGAGGGCUACACUCACCGCGCGACCAACAGCCUGAAGCGCGCCGUGUACAGCGGGGCGCUGUCCGUGGCCGGCUACUACGAGCGGAGUCUGGGCCUGCGCCGGGCCGCCGCCUCCGGGACCGACACCGGCUCCUCCAGGACUACUGGUCUUCUUGAGAGGAUAGCUCAACUAAAUGCUCAGAACCCCAGCAUAGUGAAGACCUACCUGUGCAGCGCUGUGGACCACUACGCCAGCACCUAUGGAGACAGGGGCUGGGGCUGCGGGUACAGGAACAUGCAGAUGGUGUUGUCGUCGCUGAUGCGGUCCCCGCGCUACGCGGCGCAGCUGGCCUGCUCGGCGGGCUGCGACUGCGUGCCCUCCAUCCCGCGCCUGCAGCUGCUGGUCGAGCGCGCCUGGCAGCUGGGCUUCGACACGCAGGGCUCAGAGCAACUGGGCUGCAAGUUAUACAACACUCGCAAAUGGAUCGGCGCCUGCGAAGUUGUCACCGUGCUGUCAUCUUUAAGGAUAAGAUGCCGGCUGAUCGACUUCCACAAGCCGACGAGUCCGGACGGCAGCCACCCCGCGCUGUUCGACUGGGUGCUGCGCUACUUCCACGAGGACCCCGACGCCUUCAAGCCGCCGCUCUAUCUGCAGCAUCAAGGUCACUCGAGAACGAUAAUCGGCUAUGAGAAGCAUAAAGACGGGAAGGCCACGUUGCUUGUACUGGACCCGUCGCAUUCACCUGCACAAGUGCGGCAGGUGGUGUCGGGCGCGGCGGCGGCGUGCGCGGCGGCGCUGCGCCUGCUGCGGCGCGGCGCGGCGGCCCUGCGCGCGCGCCAGUACCAGCUGCUCGGCGUCAGCGGCCUCAUGGACGACGACGCCGAGUACGAGGCCAGUAAAGUGCUCCAAUCAGUGCGGAUUCCAUAAGACAGGUGCCGGGGCCCGGUCCCCUCAGCGAUCACUCUCCCAUCGGAACACAAGUCGCAGCUUUUAGUUUACUACUGCUGAUGUUCGAGAAAGGCGUAAUCAGGUAACGAAAAAUAUCGAUAAACUACUCUUAUACUAUUUAUUUAUUGUCUGUUUCAAAACUUGAUCACAGGCCGAUAAUAUCAUUUCUUAAAGUAUAAAAAUUCCACUAAGUUGGACAACCUCCUCCGAUUUGGGGUCGGUUAAAAACUGUUUAUAUAAAGUAAACAUGUGUUUUUAAAUGUAAUAUUUCUGCCUAUUUGAAUACUUUGUCGAUGUUUUUCGUUCAAUAAAUGUGAUUAAUUAGGUAGAAUUGUAACAAGCAGUCACCGCUGACUUACGUUUGACGGACAAUUAAUUGAAUAAGCCUUUCAUUUAUCCCAUUAUUUUCAUACAUAAAUUUAAA